AUGAUGCCAACCCAUCCCCGGGGGGGGCAGAAUGGAGGGUUGGGGGGGGCGUACGGAGGGGCUGCCGGGCGGUGGAUCCCCCUCCCGCAUUCCCGCAGUCCUUCCUCCCCGGGACCGCCUUCCUCCUCCUCCUCCUCCUCCUCCGGCCUGGCCGAGCACAGCGGCUGUAAGGGGGGCCCGCCGUCGGGCGAGGAGCCGGCGGCGCUCUGCCUGCAGUGCGAUAUGAAUGACUGUUACAGCCGGCUGAGGAAGCUGGUGCCCACCAUCCCGCCCAACAAGAGGGUCAGCAAAGUGGAGAUCCUGCAGCACGUCAUCGACUACAUCCUCGACCUGCAGCUGGCUCUGGAGACGCACCCGGCGCUGCUCCGACAGCAGCAGCCGCCGCCGCCCGCCCUGCACCCCGGUGGCUGCCCGGUGGGCACCCCCAGGACCCCGCUGACAGCCCUCAACACCGACCCGGUAAGAGGUGCGUGCCACGCCGGGGAGGCGGGGAGGGACGCGGCCCGGCGGGCAUCAUCCCGGUGAUGCCACCCCUAGCUCUGCCCGAGGGGCGGACGGGGGUAAGAAACGCUCCCGGGCGGUGCGGGGUGGGUGCCGGGCAUCCCCUCGGUGCGGGCACCCGCGCGGUGUUUACCGUGUAAUUAACAGCCUCUCGAGGGAGUAGCUGUAAUCAGCGUGUUUGCACACACACACGGGAGCGGACGCGCUGCUCCUCCGCUUCCCAGCCUUCCGC